AGAGAGAGAGAGAGAGAGAGAGAGAGAGAGAGAAAAGUAAGCCUCAGAGCGACGCAGCAGCUCAGCGCUGCUCCGGUUCUGGACGUUAAGAAGGAACCGACUCAGAACCGGACCGGUGGAUACUCGCGUCUGAGUCCGGGCUGCGGUGGACCCUUCCCGGCCGCGGUGUGGAUGGGAUUACUCCGGCGGUUCCGUGCCUCCUGUCGGUGCCGCUGGAGGAAACAUGCGGCUGCAGAGUUCCCCGGUCCCGCUGCUGCAGCUGUUGAGGAUGAUGAUGACGGUCGGGUUCUCCAACGGCACAAGUUUGACAAGUAACAUCAACAUCGGAGGCCUUUUCCCCACCGGGUCCCAUGAGUACGAGGUGUUCCGCUUUGCCCUGGCUCAGCAUCAGGACGUCCCCAAACUGGUGCCUCAGGUGGACAUGGUGGACACUGGGAGCAGCUUCGCCAUGACCUAUGCCUUUUGCUCCCAGUUCUCUAAGGGCGUGUACGCAAUCAUGGGUCUGUACGACCGGCGCACGGUCAACAUGCUGAUGUCCUUCUGCAGCUCUCUACAUGUGUGCUUCGUCACGCCGUCCUUCCCCGUUCAGACCAAUAACCAGUUUGUGCUGCAGCUGCGGCCCCAGCUGCAGGAGCCCCUCAUGGCCCUGCUGGACCACUUCUACUGGACCCGCUUUGUCUACAUGUACAGCUCUGACUCAGGUCUGAUAGUGCUGCAGAAGAUCCUGGACACGGCGGCAGAGCGUGGCUGGCAGGUCACCUCUGUUAACCUGGACACUCAGACAGAACCAGCCUUCAUCAAGCUGCUGGCUUACCUCGACUACAAGAAGGAGUUCCAGAUCGUCAUCGACUGUGAACUGGAGCACCUCAACUACAUCCUCAACCUGAUUGCUGCUCAGAAGAGAAACUUGAAGAACUACCACUUCAUCCUGGUCAACCUGGGAUUCCUGGACCUGAAUGUGACGGAGCUCCAAAAGCUGGCACCGAAUGUGACGGGCUUCCAGCUAGUAGACCGGUCCGACCCGGUUGUGGAGAAAAUAAACCAAGACUGGAUGAGCUUCGACAGCAAAGACUUGAAACUGAUUCGCAAGAAACUCAAGUACACCGGAGCUCUGACCUACGACGGCGUCAACGUCAUGGCCAAGGCCUUCCAGAACCUUCGUCAGCAGCGGAUUGACAUCUCUCGCCGUGGCAAUGCUGGCGAGUGUCUAGCCAAUCCACCGGCUCCGUGGGGACAAGGCAUCGAUAUACAGAGGGCCCUGCAGCAGGUUCGUCUCAAAGGUCUGACGGGCCACGUCCAGUUUGAUGAGCGGGGCCAUCGGACCAACUACACCCUGACUGUGAUGGAGCUCAGCCACAUUGGGCCCAGGAAGAUCGGAUUCUGGAACAAGACGAAAGGCUACGUGAACACAGCCGUCAACAGGCUGCAGGACUUCGUUGGCCUACUGAACAGAACCUACAUCGUCACCACCAUACUGGAAGCUCCCUACAUGAUGCUGAAGAAGAACGCAAAUCAGUUUGUGGGAAACGACCGAUAUGAAGGUUACUGCGCCGAACUCGCCUCUGAGAUCGCUAAACACGUCGGCUUCACCUACCAGCUUGAGCUGGUGGGUGACGGCAAGUACGGCGCCCGUGACCCAGAUACCAAGAUGUGGAACGGCAUGGUGGGAGAGCUGGUUCAUGGGAAGGCCGACAUGGCUGUAGCUCCGCUGACCAUCACGUUGGCCCGAGAGGAGGUGAUCGACUUCACCAAACCCUUCAUGUCUCUGGGAAUAUCCAUCAUGAUCAAAAAACCUACCAAGUCCAAACCAGGUGUCUUCUCCUUCCUCGACCCGUUGGCCUACGAGAUCUGGAUGUGCAUCGUGUUCGCCUACAUCGGAGUCAGCGUGGUGCUCUUCCUGGUAAGUCGCUUUAGCCCCUACGAGUGGCAGAGUGAAGAUUCUGAUGAUGAAGAUGAAGCUGGUGUAUAUUCUGCUUCUCGACGAGCUCCGCCCACUUCAUCUUCAGAAGCACUUCACUCUCCAGAGUUCUCCCAGGCUCAGAACCAGCAGAAGGAUAAGGAGACUCCAGAACACACCAAUGACUUUGGGAUCUUCAACUCUCUCUGGUUUUCUCUCGGAGCCUUCAUGCAGCAGGGCUGCGACAUCUCCCCCAGGUCGCUCUCAGGUCGAAUCGUCGGAGGAGUUUGGUGGUUUUUCACCCUCAUCAUCAUCUCAUCCUACACAGCCAACCUGGCAGCCUUCCUCACCGUGGAGAGGAUGGUGUCCCCCAUAGAGAGUGCAGAAGACCUGGCCAAGCAGACUGAGAUCGCCUAUGGCACGCUGGAUGGAGGGUCCACCAAAGAGUUCUUCAGGAGGUCAAAGAUCGCUGUGUUUGAGAAAAUGUGGUCGUACAUGCGGAGCGCAGAGCCGUCUGUGUUUGUGAAGAGCACCAAUGAGGGGGUGAUACGUGUGAGGAAGUCAAAGGGCAAAUAUGCCUACCUGCUGGAAUCUUCCAUGAAUGAGUACAUUGAGCAGAGGAAGCCCUGUGAUACCAUGAAGGUUGGAGGAAACCUGGACUCUAAAGGCUACGGAGUGGCCACGCCUAAAGGAUCUCCCCUCAGAAACCCAGUAAACUUGGCAGUGUUAAAACUGAACGAGCAGGGCCUGUUGGACAAAUUGAAAAACAGAUGGUGGUAUGACAAGGGAGAGUGCGGCAUCGGGGGAGGGGACUCCAAGGAUAAGACGAGCGCGCUCAGUCUGAGCAACGUGGCUGGAGUCUUCUAUAUCCUGAUUGGUGGGCUGGGCCUGGCCAUGCUGGUGGCUCUGGUCGAGUUCUGCUACAAGUCUCGGAUCGAGUCCAGGAGGAUGAAGGACCUUAUCAAUGCCGCCAUGAUGAGCGCCAGCCUUGGCGAGAUGGCGGGGGCUGCCGCACCAUCAGGCCUCGAAGGGGAGAACGGACGGGUGAUGGCGCAUGAUUUUCCUAAAUCUGGGGCUCAGGGUUUACCCUGCAUGAGCAAGGCUGCAGGCCUGGGACUGUCGUCUACAGCCAUGUGAUCAGAACUGGACCUGCUGAUUGGACAGAAAUCUGUGUCAGUGAGGAGGAGGGAUAGUGGAGACAGCGGAGGAGAGAGACAGAGCAAUCUGAGACUUUAAAAGCCUGAUGAACUGAAAGCACCUGAACGCAGCACCUGAGUUGAGUCAAAUGCCUGCAAGACUGCAGCAGGGCUCAACAACCACAAACUGGAGCUACUUUUUCUACGAGCCUGUCUCCUGACGACCCCUUCCAAUUAGCAAUAACUAGACUUGAGGGGGGGGGGGGGGGGGGGUUGAGCGUUGUCUCCUCUCACCCUCCUCUUCCUCUGAGUCUGGUCACAUUCACAACCACAGCACUUUUCUAGAGCUGAGACGUAACAGCAUGUGGACGUUUGAAACAUUUUUUGCUCUGAGACACGGAAAACUACGUGUUUGUGUUUGAAAGCCUGAAGAUGUUCUGGUCAGCUUGCUGCCUUCAUCAUAUCAAUACAGUUAUGAAUAAAACAGCUGACUCACUGAAAACCUCUUGUGCCAUUUUGUGUUUAAAUGAACAGACUCAGACGUUCACACGUAGAGGUCAUGGCUGAUGCAUAGAGAGGUUUCCCUCAGGGCAUAAAAACGGAUCCUCCGCAGGUCCAAAGAGGCUAAAAGAGGCUAAUCCUACCUGAAACAUCAGUUUGUUCACCCUGUUCCAAAGUAUUAAGCUAAUUCUAUUCAAGUGUCACUAAGAUGACAUUUUUGGGUUUUCGGUUAAACUCAUGGGUGGCGUUGUGUUUCCGGGCUCUACCUGUGACAAUUAGUUCACCAGGUGUGUCCAGGUAAAGGAUAAACUACUUAAGAAGGACGUUCCACAUCAUUAAGACCACAGUUAGCAACCAAUCUGGGGAAGAAACAGGACCUCUCUGCUGCAGAAAAGCAUGAGCUAGUUCAGUGCUUUGGGUGAGUAAUGGCAACAUCAGACCUUUCACAAAAACAUAAGCGUGAUCAUUGCUCUAUCAAGAGCUGACGGGCACAGACGGGUUUGUGCAGACAAAAGCAAACAGAGGAAGAUUUCUGCCAGAUCCAUGCAUCAGAUCAAGAGAGCAGCUGCUAAAAUGCCGUUCGGUAGCAGCAAACAGAUAUUUGAUGCUGCUGGUGCAUCUAGAGUCCCAUGGACAUCAAGGCAUAGAGUCCUCCAGAGUCUUGCAACUGUGUAAACCUUCUGUUUGGCCCCCGCUAAACAGUUUCCCAAGCAGAAACAGCUGCAGUGGGAAGAGAAAUGUCCGAAGACUCAUUUUCAGUCCUUCACUGAUCCAGCCAGUGAACCACAGUGUUACAACAAGGCUGCAACAUCAGCUAGGAGGUGGUGGAGUCAUGUUUUGGGCCAAAAUCACAGGAAGAGAGCUGGUCGGCCCCUUUAGGGUCCCUGAAGGUGUGAAGAUGACCCGGCCCAAGCAUGCUGAGUUUCUGACUGACCACUGUCUUCCCUGGUACAGAAGGAAUAACUAUUGAGCCAUUCCCAUCUGUACCGGGUCGGCCCGGGCCGGGUAGCGUAGGUUGUUUACAUAUCUGGGUGGCCUGGUAUUUUUCCGGGGCAACCAAGGCUCAUUCUCAGCCCUCUUCUCGAGGGGGUCUGCUUCAGGCCGACCAGGGCCAACACACCCACUGCUGACAGCAAAUUCACACCUUCCAUUAGAGCAAGCCUCUGAUUGGUGGGUAGAAUCAGCCCACAUGGGCUUAAGACAAGGAUGUGUGGAAUCAACCGGGCCAGGCUGGAGCCGACUGGGGCUACCCGGCCCGGCCCGGGCCGACCCGGUACAGAUGGGAAUGGCCCAUAAGCAGGGCUGGACUGGGACAAAAAUUCAGCCUGGGCAUUUUGACUGGAGACCGGCCCAUCACCUGUUUUUUUUUGGAAAAGACAUUAAGCCUUACGCUGUUUCUGACACACACCAACGUACACUUUCUUAUUGGUAGUAUUUAUGUAUCAAUCUAAUAAACGUAAACCUACACCAUCCUUCCUAUCCUGGUAUUCUAAAAAGUAGGGUUGGGGGUAACUGAUUAUUUUUAAAAUGAUUAUUCUGACGAUUAUUUUAUCGAAUAGUCGACUAUUCUAAUGACUAUUUAGAUGAUUAAUCUAGCGAUUAUUUUUCUAUUGCACAAUUAAUAAAAACCAAAAAAUUCUCAAAUAAAUUCCUCCAAAAAAUUGAUAAGUCGUUACUGUAAGAGAAUAAACACUACAGGCCUUCCAUUUUGUAUAACACUGCUUUUAUUGUGUUGCGGUUGUUUAUGUUCUGGUGACGUGUAGAACUUGGGAGUGCAGGCUGCUGCCUGAGAGGUGGUUGGAGACGGAGUGUCUCCAUGCUGCUUUGUUUUGUUCACUUAUGCAUGAGGCAAGUGGUGUUACGACCCUUCCUGGGGAGUCACGUGUUUCUCCUAUUUUAACUGUAAAUCCUUCUAGCUGUUAUAUUUAUAACAAGAAACAGAUAUUCGGACAGAAUAUUUUCACGUUUAUUCAAAUAUGAUUGUGGAACACACCCAGCAUCAUAAUAAAUGAAGUAAUAUUUAUGCCAAUUUAAGCCUUUAUGGGUGACCAGGACUCUGUGUUUAUGAAUGUGGAAGACACCCAGCAUCCUGUGAUGGCACUAAUAACAUCAAGAGAUAAUAAAUAAGGUAAUAUUUAGGUCAAUUUAACCCUUUACACGUGACCAGGACACUGUAAUAAAUUUAUGGCAAGGGAAAUGAUCAUUUGUUGCCAUUUUUGAGGUGUUUAUGAAUGUGAAAGACACCCGGCAUCCUGUGAUGGCACUAAUAACAUCAAGAGAUAAUAAAAAAAGUAAUAUUUAGGUAAAUGUAACCCUUUACAGGUGACCAGGACACUGUAAUCAAUUUUUGGCAAGGGAAAUUAUCUUCUUUUCUUUUUUUUUCUUUUUUUUUUUGUUGCCAUUUUUGGGGUGUUUUUGAUGAUACAGUAGGCAGUAUGAGUACAGUAACAUCAACAGAUAAUACAUAAAACCCUUAUUUGGUCAGUUUUAGCCUCCAUGAAAAUCUUAGCGAUUCAAUCACUUUUUGGCAAGUAAAAUGCCAUUUUAGUUGUCUACAAUUAAAUCAUCAAUAAAGAAUUUAAAGAUGUUUUGAGGCAUUUCUUAUAGGUAAACGGGAGGGUGUAGUCUAUUUGGCAAGUGACAAUCUUAAUUUUAUGUGCUGAAGUGCUUUUAUCUUGUUACUUUUAAAUAGAGCAACGUAAUGAAUAGCAACCUACACAGUGUCAUUGUAAAGCCAAAGCUUGAUCAUUUUAAAUACUUUUUUUCAAGUAAAAAUGUGCCCCAAACUAGUUAACUGUGGCUCCAUGUCAAGUGGACUAAAGAAAGGAAGGGGAAAAAAUUAAAUCGCUGGAGAAUUGUUUAUUUCCAUUUAUACAACGUUUACAUUCAAUACAGGGUGCCAUUUUACAUUGUUUAUGUAUUUUUUAGUAUCAAGGCUGUAACAUAAAGAAAGCCAGUUCUUACCACAAAGUUUGUGGCACAAACCAUCUUUCAAUCGCAAAUAUUGCAAAAAGGAUUAAUACAUCCUCAUUGUGAACGUUUAAGACAAUUAGCAACACUUAAAACAACUUCCGAACUGGAAAAACUAAUGUGGCAAAGUGCAGAAACGAAUGCCCGGGCGGGAUUCGAGCCCCAGACUCCCGGGUGAGAGUCAUACGCUCUAACCAGUCAGCCAAAGGGACAUCUUCUUGGCCAAGUAGCCAGGGCUCAUCAUCAAUCGGGACAUUGUGGAUGCUCACACUGCCACAUCUUCCUCCCUCUUUCCACAAGCACGUCCUCGUGCUCCCGCGCAGGGUGCCACAAACACUGCCACACUAAUAUCCGCGAUAAACAUCUGUUUAAGUACCGGAAGAGGUUAUCUUUGCUUUCUGAAUGUCCAUAUUGCUAGAUAUGCUGAGUUUUAGGGCGAAAUCCUGGGGAGUUUUGUCUAGAAAUGCAAUUACCUAACCGUGCGCGAUCCCGCGGUGGCUAAUCAUUUUUUGGCAGCGAGUCAAUUUAUGGCACAACACCGGCUCGGGUUUCUCCUCCUCCUCCCUCUUUUCUUCUCCAACCUGUCGCUGGGCUGAGGCUCCAUCACUUCCUAAAUUGAUUUUACUUGAACCUUCACUACCAAACAACUGUGAGAUUUUAACACAUGUGCCAGCAGCAGCCUGAAGGGCCAGUUUCUUUUUUAGUCGAAUUUUCUCCGCUCCUCCUUUCCGUUUUUUGUUGUUAAGCUCGUCUGUCUGUUUACUGAGAUUCACAAACAACUGGCGGGUGCAUCAGACCUCUUGCUAUUGGUCCAGCCCAGAGUGUAUUAUUACCAAUUGGCCAAUCCACCAACUUUUACGAGGCGUCGCGUGGGGCGGCGCGGACAAGUUGUCCGCAACAACUAGAGGCCAGGAAAAAAAAAAAAAAACA